AUACAGAACUGUCAGUAAGCCGUAGUUCGCAGCCGAGGCCGCGCGUGCCGUGAUCACGUACCUACGAGUAUAUUACACAAAUUACAGUAAUUGUUAUUAAGAAAAUUACUGCUGUUUCAGCCAAUUAAAUAGUGUUUAUCAAAAUGGGCAAGGUAGCGACAGCAGACGCGUUCCGCUUCAUGACGGACUGCCUGAAGGCAGCAGGGGCAGCGGCGAAGGCAGCUGAGCAGCAAGCCGAGCUGCUCAUACAGGCUGAUAGGCUGGGGCAUCCCAGCCAUGGUCUGAAUAGACUUGAAAUGUACGUCAACGACAUAGUAAGCGGUGCUUGCCAGCCGAACAACGAGCCGAAGAUCCUGAAGGAGAGCCCUUCGACCGCGUGGAUCGACGCCAAUAAUGUGCUGGGAGCCACUGCCAGCCACUUCGCCAUGGAUGUGGCCAUCAGCAAGGCGAAGAAUACUGGCGUUGGAUGGGUUACUGUAAAAGGGUCAAACCACAACGGCAUGGCAGGCUGGUGGGCGCAGAAGGCAGCAGACAAGGGGCUGAUAGGCAUGGCGUUCACGAACACAUCGCCUCUCUUGGCUCCUACGAGGAGUAAACAGUCUGCUCUCGGGACAAAUCCUAUGUCCGUGGUGGCGCCAGCGUCGCAGGGCGAAUCAUUCUACUUGGACAUGGCUACAACAGCCGUCGCAGUUGGCAAGAUCGAAAUGCAGCGAAGAAAAGGAGAACCCAUACCAAGAGGGUGGGCACAAGGACCUGAUGGCAAGGAGACGACAGAUGCUGAACUGGGCUACAACACAGCAUGUUUGAUGCCAUUGGGUGGAGGAGAGCAGACCUCAGGAUACAAAGGAUUCGGACUGGCAGCUAUGGUGGAAUUGUUCUGCGGAAUUUCUGCUGGUUCAAACUUCGGGCACCACGUGCGCUCGUGGUCCCACGCCGGAACAGGCGGCGCUGCCAACCUGGGACACUGCUUCGUGGCUGUCGACCCUGAGUGCUUCGCCCCCGGCUUUGGAGAUCGCCUUACUGAGGCCAUACAACACUGGAGGCAACUAGAACCGACGGAUCCUAACCUACCAGUUUUAGCGCCUGGAGACAAGGAGAAGAAGUCGGCAAAAGAAACUGAUGCGCGCGGCACAGUAUCGUAUGUCCAGCAACAGAUUGACUCUAGCGCCGCCCUGGCGGAAAGACUGAAAGUUAAGCCCAUGGAAGUGAUACCAGACAACUAGUGACAUCUGCAGAUUAAGUUUAUAGAAUUUGAAUAUUAGAACUCUGCAUUUAUUACUUACAGUAAAAUGUUGUUAUGAAUAAAAUGAGCCUCAAACAUUAA